AUGCAGUUAUCGCUAGCGUUGAUAAUUUUUAUUUUUGCCACCACCCAUUGUAAAACCAAUAUUAUCUUGCCUAUACGAUUACGCCGAACAGAAAACGAAGCCCUCUUUGCUGCAUCCUUUCCCAAUAGCGCUAAAAUGGCUGUGAGCAACUUAGCGGGAUUACCUGGGAUGGGUUAUUACCUCCCAGUUACGCUAGGUAACCCACCACAAGAGCUCAAUUUACUAGUUGACACAGGCAGCGCCGAUCUGGCGGUAGCCGGCCGAAAACUCGCAAACGUCGAUCGGUGGUUCAAUGCAUCGGCUUCAAGCACAUUAGAAUGCAGUGGAUUUUCCAAACAGGUUCGUUACCAACAAGGAAGCUGGAUAGGUCCGUUGUGCAAAGAUCGGCUCACGCUUGUGCUGAGAAACAUGUCACAUAAUCAAUCGAUUACGCGGCUUCCACCCGUUCCAAUUCACUUUUCGCUGAUUGAGGAUGCCCAGAAUUUCUUCCUGUCCCACUACGGCUCAACCUGGGAAGGCAUAAUUGGACUGGGAUACCCGAAACUAAUGAUGGACAAUAUUCCAUCCAGACAAAACCAAGUGGAACAAGUUUUAUCACACUCCCCGUGGAUUCGCGUGUUGUGGAAACUGUUUGAACAAACACCGGAGCAGCUGCACCCGUUCGAAACUCUGACUAGUGCUUGGAAUUUACCGAACAUGUUCAGUCUUCUCUUGUGUGGCUUGACUCAGCAGUCGUUCUCCGUCAUUGGAAGUUCUCCCGUAGAAAUGAACGGGCUGUUACUGAUUGGUGGCAUGAACUUGACUGGGAUGACCCAAACAGUCAACACCAUUUUGUACACUCCCGUUCGGGAGCCCUGGUUCUAUGAAGUCGUGUUGACCGAUCUGCGAGUGGAGGAACAGAGUGUCGUGGAAGACUGUAAAGAACUAAACGUCGAAUUCUCAAUCGUGGAUUCCGGAACCACGAAUAUCCAAGUCCCUGAGCGUGUAUUUCAGCCACUGCUUGGACACAUCAAAACCUACGUAGCCAAACAGAGCAGCAGCACUGCCACAAUGCUGCAAAAUUACGCUAGUUUCUGGGCUGGUGCCUCGAUGCUGUGUGAAGCCUCUUCGGACAACCAGAUCGGUGGAGCUUCUGGAUUACCUCACACAUUGUUCCCAGUUAUUGAGUUCCAAAUGUUGGCCCUGGGAGCCGAUAUGAACAAAGAAGCCCUUUCUCUCACCUUAUCUCCUCAACAAUAUAUCCGUUUUGUUGGUCGACACCCAAAAGAUGGUGUUAUGCGUGAUUGUUUCGCGUUCGGAAUCCGACCUCACCAUUCUGGAACCAUCCUUGGCGCAGUCUUCUUGGAAGGCUUCUUCACUGUGUUUCACCGCAAUUCACUGAAGGUAGGCGCGGCCAAACUCUUUAACCUCCAUCAACCUCACUUCAAUACCAAAAUGGAUGCAUUCGAAACUAAUUUAUUCACAUGUACGUUUAAUUGCGUUCACAAAAUCGAAAAGGGGUUUGAUGCAUCGUCUAAAGGACGUGUCUGUGAUCAGUAG